AUGCGUCUCGCUCUCCUGAUUUGCCUAUGCGCUAUCGUAUCCCUAGGCGUGCAGGCGAGCUACCCAUUAAAACGGUCGGUUGGAUGUCGCCAUACCAAGGAACCUCCGCGGCAAGCUACACAACAUGAGCUGAAGGCCGACGACUCGGGCAAGGAUGACAGUGUAAACUGCUUCCAUCACGCCGACUGCACGCAGCCCGGUGAAAAAUGUGUCUGGCCAAAGGGUACGUUGGCGAUCAUGGGAUGGAGCGAAUUGGUGGAGGAUGAUACCGACGGGCGUGAUCAGCUGACUUCAGCUGCGCUAUCCCAGCUGCUAGAUCGUGGGAAGCGAUGCCGUGUCACCGCCGACUGCCCCUACCAGGGCCAAAUCUGCCGCUGGCAGCAGUCGAAGGGCGUCGGCUUCUGCAAAAGUUUCUUCCAGAACCCCCACGCCUCCGUGAAGCGCUUCGAGUGCAGCUUCGACUCGGACUGCCCCGAUUUUCCCGAGCAGAAGUGCCAGUGGAAUGUCACGGCCCACCUCUGGGAGUGCAAAUGGGUGCAGGACUCCGUGAAACUGUCG